AUGCCUUCCUGGAAUGACGGGGAUACGAGCUCAGAGGAUGAGUGCGACGUCACAAGCAUGGACAUGGCUCUUUGGGAGACCCCUGACACCAUCGUGGAGCCUCUUUUCUGUGGCCAGCUGGAGCUUUCUAAACCCACCUGCAUGAUGCACCACAUGAGGCCAAUUAAGUGUGUGGCAUUUGAAGGAACCUUAACUGGAAGGCGUUUCUAUGGUUGUCCAGUGCAGCAGAGUGAAGGUGUUAACUAUGGUGUUACUGAGUGGGUUGACAAGCCCUGGCAUCCAAUUCUUCAGAAUUGCUUGUCCAGGCUGUGGGACAUGUACCAUGAACAGAAUUGUGGCAGGGUAGUUGAUAAGCAGAAGUAUGAGAAGCAUUUGGCCAAGCUUAAGACUGAAAAUGACAAGUUGUGCAUUGAGUACACAAAGCUUGUCCAAGAUGUAUCCAAGAUGUUUGAUUGGCAGGAUGGUAGGGUAGGCCACAUGGAUAACCAGAAGGCAGUUGAGGAGGAAGAAUUUGAGAAGAAGAAGAAAGAGGUAGAAGAGAGAGCUAGGUUGGAGGUUCAGAUGGAGAAGCUCAAACUUGCCAAGGAACAAAGGUGCAUUUUACAGAGCCAAGCUGACAUUAUCAAGAAUACCAGGAAGGCAAAGAAGGAGGUUGAACAGGAGAGAGAUUUGCUUAAGAUAGAGAAGGCCAAGCUUGAGCAUGUGGUGAAUGAGCUGCUGAGUGAUGGGCAUGCAAGCAAGGAGAAACUUGAGAAAAUCAAGGCCAUCCUUGAUUCAUGA